UACAACUUUUGACUGGAUAAAAACACAACCACAUAGCAAGUUGAAAUGUGAAACUUUCGGACAAGUGAUGUAAACUAACUGUAACCCCCUGACACAUCACGAAGUGUUUCUGGCUCGUUAGAUUAGAGAUUUGUGUACAAAAACCUACCAACCACCAUGUGCCACUGUCUGACCUUGUCUCGGUGGACACACUUUCUCACACAAAUAGACCGAGUAACAAGCAAGGAAGAGGCACACAGUGUCAUUAUUGCGCCUAACAGCGAACUGCUCGACUCAAGACAGAGACGAUGAUGCCACGUCAUGGAGUCCUCUCUCUGCUCCUGCUGGCUGUGGUCCUUGUGGUCUGCGUGGAGUCCGGCAAGAACUGGGUCCUGUUAGUGUCCGGAGCCGAGGGUUACAUCAACUACAACAUUCAGUCCUGUCCAUGCCACGCCUACCACACGAUGCGCAACAACAGCAUCCCCCCAGAGAACAUCGUCCACAUGUCUUACGAUGACGUAGCUCACGACCCCGAGAAUCCCAUCCAAGGAAACCUCGUCACACUUCCUGGAGGACCGAACCUUUAUCCAGGAUGUGAAAUGGACUACCGGAAGAAAGAAGUGACACCGGAAGUCUUCCUCAAAGUUCUCACUGGCGACAAGGAGGGCGUGAAGAAACUGAUUGGUCGAGACGGUAAAGUGAUUGACAGCGGUCCUGACGAUCGUCUGUUUGUCUAUAUGAUGGAUCAUGGUGGUCCAGGGGUCUUCUUCUUCCCAGGUACUAAUGUUAAGCUGCACAACACCGAUCUCAUAAACGCCCUCAAACAGAUGCACAGAGAGAAAAGGUACAAGGAGAUGGUGAUUUACAUGGAGGCCUGCCACUCAGGGAGCAUGUUCGAUGGCUUGCUCCCAAAAAACAUCAAUAUCUACACGACCACAUCCGCCAACGCCACCGAGGUUGCGUUUAUGUGCUGUUGGGAUAAGUUUCGUAAAGCCUACGUAGGGGGCAUCUAUGAUAACGCCUGGCUGUACGACUCAGACAAGGCAAAUCUCCACAAGGAAACACUCUACCAACAAUAUGUAGUGACCAAGAAAGCCUGUGAAAAGCCUGCGUACAAGAGUCACCCCCAGCAGUACGGAGACUUGAACAUGAACAAGGAUGUCCUCGCUCAGUUUCAGGCUAAGUCAGAGAAGUACAUACCCAGCGUGUGCCCAAACACACAGAAAACUGAUGGACAUAUUCAGGGGCCAGAGUUCACUUUCGCCGGAAUUGACCUCAAUAACCCCGCCCUCGACAUGGUUCAGAUCGCCACCACGGCCCGUCGCCUCAUUGAGUCACGUGAUCUCAGUAGUCAGAAGCGGGAAGAGCUCAAGGCCGAAUUACGUCAUAUGAUGCUGGUCAAGGAAAAAGCCGAGUCGUUGACCAAAGACUUGGUCAAGGCAGCCAUGCCCAACUCCAGAGGUCUGACAGAGACCGACAUACUGACCGGGAAAGAGCGAGUCGACAACUCUGAGUGCUACAAAGCAGCCCUAAACUUCUUUUCUACCCGAUGUCCAGGCAUCAACAUGAGGAGGUACCCAUUCGCCAGGAGAAAUCUCCAGGCCUUUAUCAACCUCUGCAACCAUCAGUCCCAAAUUGACGUCAUGAACGCCAUCUUGGAGGUCACGGAGAAAUACAGUAUAUGCCGAGCUCAGUAAACCUUUGGGAUGAAUUAAGUCGUCGUCAAUUCCAGAUCGUCUCUCUUUCCCCUGGUUUCUGCUUUUUUCUCCCGGGAUCAAAAUUUUUUAUUGCUUUUCCAAAUCACCUGAUACAUUCGAAUAGAAAAUGUUAGAUCAAACACAUCCUAUAUCUUACCUGAUACACACAACUCAGUCUAAUUCAAUGUUUUUGUUGUGGUAAAGGGAGGGUUUGUUUGUUGUUGUUGUUUU